AUGGAAGAAUUUUUCAAUCAGUCAAGGAGGGAUUUUCUGGAGUUGUAUGUCGACAUCGCCGCAACCGAGAAUGUUCCUUUACCGGUGAUGUCAGUUGAUUUAAAUUCUACCCGUCUUCCAGCUUCGCCUGCCGCUCAUGCGUCUCCAGUUGGUGACGAAGCUGUUAUUCCUUUUUGGGAAGGAAUUCUGCAUUAUUCCUACAUUGAUUGGAGUUAUCGGAGUGAACAAGAAUCAUGCACUGUUGGUACGGUUUCAGGAUCGGGUUCAAUACAAGGCGAAACCUUGGAAGCAUGGGAUUAUUUUCUUGUUAAUAUUCGUGCUCAUGUUACUACAAUGUCAAACAUAUGUUUGAUCUCCGAUCGGCAUCGAAGCAUAAUAUCUGCUGUGGAAAAUAACCCUAAUUGGCAGCCGCCAAAUGCAUAUCACGUCUUCUGUAUUCGUCAUAUUGCACGCAACUUCAAUCAAAAGUUUUGGAAUGAAGGUUUGAAGCGGAUGUUAAAGAAUUUAGGUUAUACGCCCGCCAUGGUUGAUUUUGAGAGGAAUCUUGCGAGUUUCCGUGAAAGUAGUCCUCAAAUUGCUGAGUGGAUUGAUGCCAUCCCUAAGGAAAAGUGGUCGCGGGCCUACAAUAUUGAAGGACAGAGGUACGGUCAUAUGACAACAAAUUUGGCUGAAUCUGUCAACAGGGUUUUGAAGGGGGCCAGAAAUAUGCCGAUAACCGCAUUGGUUAAGCACACAUAUAGCAGAUUGGUUCAUUAUUUUGUUGAGCGAGGUACAAAAGUCGUUGCACAACUUGAAUCAGCUCAUCGUCACUGCAAAAAUGUUGUUGAAUUGGUCAAGAAGAACCAGGUAGAUGCAACCGGCCACCAUGUUCGUGCAUACAAUGUCGAACAUACUGUCUUCGAGGUUGACACAGGUUGGGAGCGUUCAUAUUCUGUCAAUCUCCCACAGGGAUUCUGUCAGUGUGGAAAGUUUAAGGCCUUCAAGUAUCCGUGUAGUCAUGUCACUGUUGCUGCUUUAAGUGUUAGGCAGAGUCCGUUCACGUACGUAGACGAUGUCUUCUUGACAAAAAACUUGGUCAAGGCUUAUUCUUUUCCGUGGGAGCCAAUCGGCAACGAGGAAGCAAUACCUGAAUUAGGUGGUGCCAAGAUUAUUCCCGAUAAAAAUAUGUUGCGUGCAAAAGGUCUUCCAAAGUCAACUCGCAUCCGCAACGAGAUGGACGAAGUUGAGACAAGUCAAAGCCGUAUUAGGUGUGGACUUUGCAAGGAACGCGGCCAUAAUCGUCGAGGAUGUCCAAAUCGUGGGAGAAACGACUGA